AUGUCUAAGAGAGGAGCUGACAACCAAUUGACCAGAGAAGAGCUGGAUAGGGACGAUAUCUCGGAUGAAGAAACCCCUCACCAAGCUACUAUGGCCAGUUCAGACGUGAUAAGUCGUCGAAAGAUUGCGAUGCCCAAGCGUAAGAUGGCUUUUCCUUCAACUUUAAGAGGUAAUACAGACGAAAGCAAGACCGCAAAUGCGUUUUCAUUUUUGAAGAAGCCUCAAACUGAAAAGACUGCUGCCAAUGCGGAUGACAAACCCGCAAAAUUGAAAGCCCUCAACUUACAAUUCAAAGAUAAACUGGAAGAAUUUUUAAACAGUGAUCCUGCCUGCGAUUUGCGUCCUGUAUUUAUGAAGUAUGGAAAGUAUAUUGAUGAAAUUAACUCUUCAACUUCAAAAACAUCUGUACCCGAACCUAAAGCAUUUUCCUUCACUCCACAGAGUAUCACUGAAACCGUAGCUCCUGGCUUUGGUAAGGUUUCUGCCCCAAGAGCUACUACUACUCCAGAUGUUCAUACACCUAAACAAACUACAUUCCCAUUUGCACCACAGGCCCCAAAACCAGAGGCUGCUUCAUCACAGGAACCACCAAAGAGCUCAUUUACUUUCACUAAGCCAACUACUACAGUUUCUGACAGUAAAGCUAACGCUGACAGCUCAGAGAGUGACAGCGAAGAUGAGAAAGAAAUCAAAAUUACAGGUCCAACUUUCUCUAUUUCAACCAAACCAAUAACCUCAGAUUCUGUUUUCGCAUUUGGUGCUGCCAAGAAAGAACAAAAAAAGGACGAUAGCGAUAGCGAAAGUGAUGUAGAAAUUAAAGGUCCAGAAUUUAAAUUUGCAGGUGAGGUUAAGAGUGACGUCUUCAAACUACAUAAGAAAGCAGAUGAAAACAAAAAUGAAACCAAGACUGACAACUCUAAAGUAACGGAAAAUAAGGCCCCUACAUUUUCUUUUGGCUCAACACCAAAUCCUUUCAAUACUUCUGGCAGCAAAGAUGAGAAUAAUUCAGGAAGCAAUGAACCAGCAAAACAAGCAAACACAGUUCCAAAGCCAGCCUUUUCAUUCACAAAUAAUCUAAUUAGCAAAGAAUCCGAAAGUUCACAAGAGAAGAAGCCUUUAUCAUUCAACUUCACUGCCCCAAAGACUGACAACAAUGAAGUCCAAGAAGCAUCUGAAUCUGAAAAAACAAAGAGUAGUGAAUCAUCAACUUUUUCAUUUGGUAAUAAUACUACAACUAAAACCAACCCUUUCAGUGGAAAUACUUCAGGGUUUUCCUUUGGAAAACCUGCUUCUACAUCUAACACCACCGAAUCGAAACCUUCCAUAUCCUUUAGUAAGCCACAGAACAAUGAUACAGUUCCUAAAUCUGCAUUUUCCUUUGGGACAUCAGCCAAUACAGUAACUGAAACAAAUGAAGAAAAAGAUUCUAAUACCAAUGGAGGCAACGAAGAUUCAAAACCUGCGCUCAACUUCAACUUUUCAUCUAAUACAUCUAGUCAAAAGCCUUCAUUCAGUUUUGGAUCGACUUCUGAAAAAAAAGAGGAAACUACUGAACAUUCAACUACAUCAGGUGGUUUUUCAUUUGGACAAUCUAAAGCCCCUGCUUUUAGCUUUGGUACACCAGCCACAAAUACAACAACUAACAAUCCACCUUCUUCUGGAUUCAAAUUUUCUUUACCUUUUAACCAAGAAAAUAAAUCGAAUGAGGCUGAUUCCAGUAAAAUCAGUGAAAAGAAGGAGGAUGGGAAUUCUGCAACUGUAGAGACAACUGAAGAGCAAUCUACUUCUUCAUCCAUACAAUUACAAAACGGAGAAGAAGAUGAAACUCCAUUAUUCACAUGCAGGUCCAAGCUAAUGACAAUUAACACUAAAACCAAUGGUUAUGAUUCUCGCGGUGUUGGUGAAUUGAAGCUUCUACAAAAAAAGGAUGACAAGUCGAAAAUUAGACUACUGUGCAGAUCUGAUGGUAUGGGUAAUAUCCUAUUAAACACUGCUGUAGUAAAAUCAUUUAAGUAUUCACCUCUAACUCCUGAAAACGAGAAUUUAGUUAAGAUUCCAACCAUAGACAAAGAUGGUGCUCUCGUAACGUAUGUUGCUCGUUUCAAGCAAAAAGCUGAUGGUAGAUUGUUUGUCAAAUCCAUCGAAGAUGCCAAGAAUGAUAUGAACUAA